CAGAUAAAAGGUUGACUAUUCUAACAUCAAGCUAUACUUUUCUUAGGAGGAGGAAGAAUGAUGACUGAACAUACUUGUACAAUAAUAGAAUGACGACGACGAUGAAGAGGCUCACUCGAAAAUUCAACUCUUCCCCCCGCCAUUCCCACGACGAAAACUUCUCUCUUCCCACCGUCGAUGAUGCGCGCCCUAUCGAUACUCAAGAGCAGGAAGAAUUGGUCCGAUCCCUUGAAAAGUUACAUUCCCAGCAAAGUCGAUUAUGGAGGAGUGUAUUUGCUGGGUUGCUGUCAUGUUACAUAGCAUUUCUGCUCUUCUCGAUUUAUCAUCAAAUUGCUCAUCCUUGGGACUUGCGUUAUCAUGCUUACUUCAUGGAAGACAUUGGCUCACGGCUUAUUAUACUUGCAGAUUGGUUAGCUGUUAUGGCGUGUUCAACAGCCAUUAUAGGGCUCAUGAAGAGUUCAGAGCACCAUAGACAGUGGAUUUGGUAUUCUGUCCUUGGUGGGAUAUUACUUGCCGUCUUUUGGCUGUAUUACAUGCUUAAAUUGCCAAAGUUCAGAUGGGAUGUCAUUUGGCUUCCGUUUGGUCCCCUAAGUGGAACUGCAAUAUGCCUAUAUGUGGAUCAUCUGCUUCAUGAAUCCUCGGAGGAAGUUCGAAAGCUCAGAAGUUACAUGUAUGCUUACAAAGCAAGCUAACUUCAUUUUCGGCGUCCAAUGUCAAUCUCUUGUGUGCCUGAGGACUGAGUGGCUUUGAACCAACCAGUUGUUUCUUGAAAGGAGGUGAACCAUUCUGCAAGGUUACAAUAUGCUUGUAGAUUUGUUCUUAUAUUACAUCAUUUGCACAAACUUUUGUUCUUGUACACUACACACAAACGAAGAGUAUGAAGUAGAACUUUUUAAAGAUUUUCUUCCAAAGUCACCGCC